AUGUCUCUUCUCUGCAACAAAUGCCGAGUCAUCCAGUUCAACGAUGCGGAUUACGACGGAACUGUCAAUGUCUGGACGAAUGGCGAGUCCUACUUCGCCCCGAAGGAUGAUGGCGACAUCACUCAAUGCCUUUUCCUUGACUACGACCUUAAAGACGUGGUACCAGACUUGCCUGUUCUGUCUCAAUCUGCCGAGAAUGGUUGUGCACUUUGUCUGCUCAUAAAGACUGAGGUCACCAAAUUUCUACAAGGAGUCGAGCUUGAGCAUGCGGACUUCUUCAUUCACAAGCUUUGCUACGCCAUGCAAAAACACGUAGUCGACGAGCCGCCAUAUAGACCACGCCUUCAUGCCUUGUUCGUGUUCUUCAGGAUUCUAAAUCGUACCAGCGGUGAAGAAGACGUAUCCUGGACGCUCCGGCUUGAGAUACAAGCUGAACCCACCGACCCAUGCGCACAGUGGCUUUCUAUACCCCGCCAGCCGAUCCAGGAAAAUAUUCUAUCAAAAGCCGGUAUGCAACGUCUGAAUGAGCUCAUGGAAACAAUUUCCGAGAUCCCGAGUCUUCCUCCAGCCAUCGAUGAUCAGGACCUUCCGACGCGUCUUAUCGAUACCGGCCUUCGAGGACCAGGAAUAGAGAACGAAGAGCCUCGACUUGUGGUCACAGCGGACUACCCGCCGCUUCAAAACAUUGAUGGAGAUCAACGCUACGUAGCACUGAGCUACUGCUGGGGUCCACCCGAGAAAGCUAAGCUCCAGCUGACAACACAAACCUCAACACUGGAUGACCGGCUCCGCCAGAUACCUUUCUCUACAUUUCCAAAAACCCAUCAAGAUGCUAUCCGGCUGUGCGUUUUUCUGGGGGUGCGGUACGUUUGGAUAGACUCUCUUUGCAUUGUUCAGGAUGACAAGAGCGACUGGGAACGCGAGGCUCAGCAAAUGGGGAGUGUCUAUGCCAAUGCGUUCUUGACUGUUUGCGCAGCUCAAGGUGACUCAUGCCUAGAUGGGUUUCUUACGCGCAGAUAUCCUUCAAACUCUGUCGAGGUUUCCUUCGCAUCGACACUCAACCCAUCUGUUUCUGGCUGCUAUUCCAUAUUUGCCUCGCCAAGAGAAUAUGCCACCGUCCUGCCCCUUAUCAUCGGCGAGGAGUUCAACAAACACUUAGAUUUUUCUCUUUUGGGAAUAUACGAUCCUUACAGCUAUGAUAAAGAGUGCAAUUGGAAUGAACGCGGUUGGACAUUCCAGGAGGUCGUUUUGAGUCAGAGGUCGCUGCUCUUCGGACAAAGAAUGGUCCAUGUCUGUUCUGGCGACGAACUCAUCCAGUCCGAAGAGGCCAUUCACACAACGGCACCUGAAGAGGUUUGUGACAGUCUGACCGAGUUUCUAAGCGACGUACUGGAAGAAGAUUCUGUAGAAUCUGCGAAGAGCAUGUUCUCCAAAUGGCGGGAAUUGGUCAGCGAGUACUCUCACCGGUCUUUCACUUACCAGAACGACAUCCUGCCGGCACUAUCUGCGUUAGCAAAGAUUUGGGUCGAAAGGGUUGGAGUGUCACAGAGGAAACAUAUACAGCACCAUCAUGGAGCUGGGCUUCCCUCCCAGAAGGAGGCGUAA